GCCUAAUCGUAAAAUGUAGUUGAACGGGGCGUUUUCAAAGUAUCUGGGCAGCUAGUUGGCAAGGGUGGACAUGCAUUCUCUGUGAGAUCGUCGCAGGCUCUGUCUGCCACACUUCAACGCAAAACUGUCUCUCCCGGCUGGCACCAUGGCCUUCGUGCCCACCCCCAGCCCCACUGUGGUGGACCAGACAACCCUGAUGAAGAAGUACCUGCAGUUUGUGGCAGCACUCACAGACAACAACACGCCUGAUGAGACCAAGCUGAAGAUGAUGCAGGAGGUCAGCGAGAACUUCGAAAACGUGACGUCAUCGCCGCAGUACUCCACCUUCCUGGAGCACAUCAUCCCUCGCUUCCUCACCUUCCUGCAGGACGGAGAGGUCCAGUUCCUACAGGAGAAGCCGACUCAGCAAUUGAGGAAAUUGGUUCUUGAAAUCAUCCACCGUAUUCCCACAAAUGAGCACCUGCGCCCUCAUACCAAGAACAUCCUGUCCGUCAUGUUCCGAUUCCUCGAGAUCGAGAGUGAGGAGAAUGUGCUUAUCUGCUUGCGCAUCAUCAUUGAGCUGCACAAACAGUUCCGGCCACAGAUCACGCAAGAGAUUCAUCACUUUUUGGACUUUGUGAAGCAGAUUUACAAAGACCUGCCCAAAGUGGUGACUCGAUACUUCGAGAACCCACAGGUGAUCGCGGAGAACACGGUGCCCUCCCCGGAGAUGGUGGGCAUGAUCACCUCGGUGGUGGUGAAGACCGCGCCGGAGAGAGAGGACAGUGAGACCCGCACGCACACCAUCAUCCCUCGGGGGUCCCUGUCCCUCAAGGUGCUGGCGGAGCUGCCCAUCAUCGUGGUGCUCAUGUACCAGCUCUAUAAGCUCAACAUUCACAACGUGGUGUCCGAGUUUGUGCCCCUGAUCAUGAACACCAUCAUGCUGCAAGUGUCCCCCCAGGCCAGGCAGCAUAAACUGUACAACAAGGAGCUGUACGCAGACUUCAUCGCUGCCCAGAUUAAAACGCUGUCUUUCCUGGCCUACAUUAUCCGCAUAUAUCAGGACCUGGUGGGGAAGUACUCCCAGCAGAUGGUGAAGGGGAUGCUGCAGCUGCUGUCCAGCUGCCCCCCAGAGACCGCCCACCUGCGCAAGGAGCUGCUGAUAGCCGCCAAGCACAUCCUGACCACCGACCUGCGCAGCCAAUUCAUUCCCUGCAUGGAUAAACUGUUUGACGAGUCCAUACUAAUCGGCUCCGGCUACACAGCGCGGGAGACUCUAAGGCCCCUGGCCUACAGCACGCUGGCCGACCUGGUGCACCACGUCAGGCAGAACCUGCCGCUCACGGACCUCUCGCUGGCCGUGCAGCUCUUCGCCAAGAACAUCGACGACGAGUCCCUCCCCAGCAGCAUCCAGACCAUGUCGUGCAAGCUGCUGCUCAACCUGGUGGACUGCAUCCGCUCCAAGAGCGAGCAGGAGAACGGCAACGGCAGGGACAUCCUCAUGAGAAUGCUGGAGGUGUUUGUGCUGAAGUUCCACACCAUUGCCCGCUACCAGCUGGUCACGAUUUUUAAGAAGUGCAAGCCACAGUCGGAGAUGGGCGUGGUGGACGCCGGGGCCUUGCCGGGAGUACCUGCCACCCCCACUUCGGCCACGCCCUCCUUGCCCCCUCCCGCGCCUCCUACUCCUGUCACACCCGCCCCGCCCCCUGCUGCCCCCUUCGACCGGCAGGGGGAGAAGGAAGACAAGCAGACGUUCCAGGUGUCGGAUUGCCGCAGCCUGGUCAAGACCCUGGUGUGCGGGGUGAAGACCAUCACGUGGGGGAUCACGUCCUGCAAGGCACCAGGAGAGGCUCAGUUCAUUCCUAACAAGCAGCUGCAGCCCAAAGAGACGCAGAUCUACAUCAAGCUGGUGAAGUACGCCAUGCAGGCUCUGGACAUCUACCAGGUGCAGAUUGCAGGCAACGGGCAGACCUACAUCCGCGUGGCCAACUGCCAGACGGUGCGCAUGAAGGAGGAGAAGGAGGUGCUGGAGCACUUUGCAGGCGUCUUCACCAUGAUGAACCCCCUCACCUUCAAGGAGAUCUUCCAGACCACCGUGCCCUACAUGGUGGAGCGGAUCUCCAAAAACUACGCCCUGCAGAUCGUAGCCAACUCCUUCCUGGCUAACCUCUCCACGUCGGCGCUGUUCGCCACCAUCCUGGUGGAGUACCUGCUGGAGCGGCUUCCGGAGAUGGGCUCCAACGUGGAGCUCUCCAACCUCUACCUGAAGCUCUUCAAGCUGGUGUUUGGCUCCGUCUCGCUUUUUGCCGCUGAGAACGAGCAGAUGCUCAAGCCCCACCUCCACAAGAUCGUGAACAGCUCCAUGGAGCUCGCCCAGUCCGCCAAGGAGCCCUACAACUACUUCCUCCUGCUGAGGGCGCUGUUCCGCUCCAUCGGGGGAGGGAGCCACGACCUGCUGUACCAGGAGUUCCUGCCGCUGCUGCCUAACCUGCUGCAGGGCUUGAACAUGCUCCAGAGCGGCCUGCACAAGCAGCACAUGAAGGACCUGUUCGUGGAGCUGUGCCUGACGGUGCCGGUGCGCCUCAGCUCCCUGCUGCCCUACCUGCCCAUGCUGAUGGACCCGCUGGUGUCGGCGCUCAACGGCUCGCAGACGCUGGUGAGCCAGGGCCUGCGCACGCUGGAGCUCUGCGUCGACAACCUGCAGCCCGACUUCCUGUACGACCACAUCCAGCCCGUCCGCGCCGAGCUCAUGCAGGCCCUGUGGCGCACCCUGCGCAACCCGGCGGAGACCAUCUCCCACGUGGCGUACCGCGUGCUCGGCAAGUUCGGCGGCAGCAACCGCAAGAUGCUGAAGGAGUCCCAGCGGCUGCAGUACGUGGUGACAGAGGUGCAGGGGCCCAGCAUCACGGCGGAGUUCACUGACUGCAAGGCCUCCAUCCAGCUGCCUAUGGAGAAGGCUAUUGAGACGGCCUUGGACUGCCUAAAGAGCGCCAACACGGAGCCAUACUACCGGCGACAGGCCUGGGAGGUCAUCAAGUGCUUCCUGGUGGCCAUGACCAGCCUGGAGGACAACAAACACGCCCUGUAUCAGCUGCUGGCACACCCCAAUUUCACAGAGAAGUGGAUCCCCAACGUCAUCAUCUCGCACCGCUACAAGGCUCAGGACACCCCCGCCCGCAGGACCUUUGAGCAGGCGCUGACCGGGGCCUUCAUGUCCGCCGUCAUCAAGGACCUGCGGCCCAGCGCCCUGCCCUUCGUGGCCAGCCUCAUCCGUCACUACACCAUGGUGGCUGUGGCGCAGCAGUGUGGCCCCUUCCUGCUGCAGUGCUACCAGCUGGGCAGCCAGCCCAGCACGGCCAUGUUCCACAGCGAGGAGAACGGCUCCAAGGGCAUGGACCCGCUGGUGCUCAUCGACGCCAUCGCCAUCUGCAUGGCCUACGAGGAGAAGGAGCUGUGCAAGAUCGGGGAGGUGGCCCUGGCCGUCAUCUUCGACGUGGCCAGCAUCAUCCUGGGCUCCAAGGAGAGGGCCUGUCAGCUGCCGCUGUUCUCCUACAUCGUGGAGCGGCUCUGCGCGUGCUGCUAUGAGCAGGCCUGGUACGCCAAGCUGGGCGGGGUGGUGUCCAUCAAGUUCCUCAUGGAGAGGCUGCCGCUCAUCUGGGUGCUGCAGAACCAGCUGACCUUCCUGAAGGCCCUGCUCUUCGUCAUGAUGGACCUCACCGGGGAGGUGUCCAACGGCGCGGUGGCCAUGGCCAAGACCACGCUGGAGCAGCUGCUGGUGCGCUGCGCCACGCCGCUGAAGGACGAGGAGAAGACCGAGGAGCUGCUGACCGCCCAGGAGAAGUCCUUCCACAUGGUGACCCACGACCUGGUGCGCGAGGUCACCUCCCCCAACUCCACCGUGCGCAAGCAGGCCAUGCACUCCCUGCAGGUGCUGGCGCAGGUCACCGGCAAGAGCGUCACCGUCAUCAUGGAGCCUCACAAGGAGGUGUUGCAGGACAUGGUGCCCCCCAAGAAGCACCUGCUGCGCCACCAGCCUGCCAACGCUCAGAUCGGACUGAUGGAGGGCAACACCUUCUGCACCACGCUGCAGCCGCGCCUCUUCACCAUGGACCUCAACGUCAUGGAGCACAAAGUCUUCUACACAGAGCUGCUGAACCUGUGUGAGGCAGAGGACGCUGCCCUGAUGAAGCUGCCCUGCUACAAGAGCCUGCCCUCGCUGGUGCCCCUGCGCAUCGCAGCUCUCAACGCCCUUGCCGCCUGUAAUUAUCUGCCUCAGUCCAGGGAGAAGAUCAUUGCCGCUCUCUUCAAGGCCCUCAACUCUACCAACAGCGAGCUGCAGGAGGCAGGAGAGGCCUGCAUGCGAAAGUUCUUGGAGGGCGCAACCAUCGAAGUAGAUCAGAUACACACUCACAUGCGCCCCCUGCUGAUGAUGCUGGGAGACUACCGCAGCCUGACCCUCAACGUCGUGAAUCGGCUCACGUCCGUCACCCGCCUCUUCCCAAAUUCCUUCAACGACAAGUUCUGUGACCAGAUGAUGCAACAUCUGCGGAAGUGGAUGGAAGUGGUGGUGAUCACACACAAAGGAGGCCAGCGCAGUGACGGCAGCCCUGCCUUGGAGGGCGUUGAGGAGAUGAAGAUCUGCUCCGCCAUCAUCAACCUGUUCCACCUGAUCCCGGCCGCGCCCCAGACGCUGGUCAAGCCCCUGCUGGAGGUGGUGAUGAAGACGGAGCGCGCCAUGCUAAUCGAGGCUGGCAGUCCCUUCAGAGAGCCCCUCAUCAAGUUCCUGACCCGCCACCCUUCCCAAACCGUGGAGCUCUUCAUGAUGGAGGCCACCCUCAACGACCCGCAGUGGAGCCGCAUGUUCAUGAGUUUCUUGAAGCACAAAGACGCCAAACCCCUCCGGGACGUCCUGGCGUCGAACCCGAGCCGCUUCGUUCCCCUGCUGGUGCCGGCGGGCCCGGCGGCCACGGUCCGGCCCGGCUCGCCCUCCACCAGCACGGCGCGGCUGGACCUGCAGUUCCAGGCCAUUAAGAUCAUCAGCAUCAUCGUGAAGAACGACGAGGGCUGGCUGGCGGGGCAGCACUCCCUGGUCAGCCAGCUGAGGCGCGUGUGGGUCAGCGAAGCCUUCCAGGAGCGCCACCGCAAGGACAACAUGGCCGCCACCAACUGGAAGGAGCCGAAGCUGCUGGCCUACUGUCUGCUCAGCUACUGCAAGCGGAACUACUCGGAGAUCGAGCUGCUGUUCCAGCUGCUGCGCGCCUUCACGGGCCGCUUCCUGUGCAACAUGACCUUCCUCAAGGAGUACAUGGAGGAGGAGAUCCCCAAGAACUACAGUAUCGCCCACAAGAGGGCGCUCUUCUUCCGCUUCGUGGAGUUCAACGACCCCCACUUCAAUGACGAGCUCAAAGCCAAGGUUUUGCAAUACAUCCUCAACCCAGCCUUCUUGUACAGUUUUGAGAAGGGGGAGGGGGAGCAGCUGCUGGGACCCCCAAAUCCAGAGGGGGACAAUCCCGAGAGCAUCACCAGCGUCUUCAUUACCAAGGUCCUGGACCCAGAGAAGCAGGCCGACCUGCUGGACUCCCUGCGCAUCUACCUGCUGCAGUUCUCCACCCUGCUGGUGGAGCACGCUCCACACCACAUCCACGACAACAACAAGAGCCGCAACAGCAAGCUGCGCCGCCUCAUGACCUUCGCCUGGCCCUGCCUGCUGUCCAAAGCCUGCGUCGACCCCGCCUGCAAGUACAGCGGCCACCUGCUGCUCGCCCACAUCAUCGCCAAGUUCGCCAUCCACAAGAAGAUCGUGCUGCAGGUGUUCCACAGCCUGCUGAAAGCCCACACCAUGGAAGCGCGGGCCAUCGUGCGGCAGGCCAUGGCCAUCCUGACCCCGGCCGUGCCCGCGCGCAUGGAGGACGGCCACCAGAUGCUCACCCACUGGACCCGCAAGAUCAUCGUGGAGGAAGGCCACACGGUCCCCCAGCUGGUGCACAUCCUCCAUCUCAUUGUGCAGCACUUCAGGGUGUACUACCCCGUGAGGCACCACCUGGUGCAGCACAUGAUCAGCGCCAUGCAGCGGCUGGGCUUCACCCCCAGCGUCACCAUCGAGCAGCGGAAGCUGGCCGUGGACCUGGCCGAGGUGGUCAUCAAGUGGGAGCUGCAGAGGAUCAAGGACCAGCAGCCCGAGUGUGAGGGUGACCCAGGGGGCAGCGGAGAGGGGACGAGCAGCGCUUCCGGAGCCGUGAAACGAGGCCUCUCCAUGGACUCCGGCCAAGACGUGAAGAGAUUCCGCACCGCCACUGGGGCCGUGAGCACGGUGUUUGGGCGGAGCCAGUCCAUGCCAGGGACCGAGUCUCUCCUCACCAAGCCCGUGGAGAAGCAGCACACCGACACCGUGGUCAACUUCCUCAUCCGGAUCGCCUGCCAGGUGAACGACAGCACCAGCGUGGCCGGGUCCCCGGGGGAGCUCCUGUCCCGCCGUUGUGUCAAUCUGAUGAAGACGGCCCUGCGGCCGGACAUGUGGCCCCGUGCCGAGCUCAAGCUGCAGUGGUUCGACAAGCUGCUAAUGACUGUGGAGCAGCCCAACCAGGCCAACUUCUCCAACAUCUGCACGGGGCUGGAGAUCCUCAGCUUCCUGCUGACGGUGCUGCAGUCUCCGGCCAUCCUGGCCCACUUCAAGCCGCUGCAGCGUGGCAUCGCUGCCUGCAUGACCUGCGGGAACACCAAAGUGCUGCGGGCCGUCCACACCCUGCUCUCGCGCCUCAUGAGCAUCUUCCCCACCGAGCCCAGCUCCUCCACUGUGGCAUCGAAAUACGAGGAGCUGGAGUGCCUCUACGCUGCCGUGGGGAAGGUCAUUUACGAGGGGCUCACCAACUAUGAGAAAGCCACCAGUGCUAACCCAACACAGCUCUUUGGAACCCUGAUGAUCCUGAAGUCCGCCUGCAGCUACAACUCCAGCUACAUCGACCGGCUCAUCUCCGUCUUCAUGCGCUCGCUGCAGAAGAUGGUGCGGGAGCACCUGAACCCGCAGGCCAAUCCGGGAGCCACGGAGACCAGCACAGUGACCAGCGAGCUGGUGAUGCUGAGCCUGGACCUGGUCAAGACGCGGCUGUCCGUCAUGAGCAUGGAGAUGAGGAAGAACUUCAUCCAGAGCAUCCUCACCUCGCUGAUCGAGAAGUCGCCCGACGCCAAGAUCCUGCGGGCUGUGGUCAAGAUUGUGGAGGAGUGGGUGAAGAACAACUCCCCCAUGGCCGCCAACCAGAUGCCCAAUCUCAGGGAGAAGUCCAUUCUGCUGGUGAAAAUGAUGACCUACAUUGAGAAACGCUUUCCCGAUGACCUUGAAUUAAAUGCCCAGUUCUUAGACCUCGUUAACUACGUCUACAGAGACGAGAGCCUCUCGGGAAGCGACAUCACCUCCAAGCUGGAGCCGGCCUUCCUGUCCGGGCUGCGCUGCGCCCAGCCCCUCAUCAGGGCCAAGUUCUUCGACGUGUUCGAUAGCUCCAUGAAGCGGCGCGUGUACGAGCGGCUCCUGUACAUCUGCUGCUCGCAGAACUGGGAGGCCAUGGGCAGCCACUUCUGGAUCAAACAGUGCAUUGAGCUGCUGCUGGCGGUGUGUGAGCGGAACAGCGUCAUUGGGACCAGCUGCCAGGGAGCCAUGCUGCCAUCCAUCACCAACGUCAUCAACCUCGCCGACAGCCACGACCGCGCCGCCUUCGCCAUGGCAACGCACAUCAAGCAGGAGCCGCGGGAGCGGGAGAACAGCGAGACCAAAGAGGAGGAUGUCGAGAUUGACAUUGAGCUGGCGCCGGGCGACCAGACCAGCAUCUCCAAGACCAAAGAGCAGGCGGAGAGGGACGCCGGCAACCAGCUCCACAUGCUGACCAACCGGCAUGACAAGUUCCUGGACUCCCUGAGAGAGGUCAAGACGGGGGCCCUGCUGAAUGCCCUGGUCCAGCUGUGCCACAUUUCCACUCCGCUGGCAGAGAAGACCUGGAUCCAGCUCUUCCCACGGCUCUGGAAGAUUCUGUCUGACCGACAGCAGCAUGCCUUGUCGGGGGAGAUGAGCCCGUUCCUGUGCAGCGGCAGCCACCAGGCGCAGAGGGACUGCCAGCCCAGCGCCCUGAACUGCUUCGUGGAGGCCAUGUCCCAGUGCGUGCCGCCCAUCCCCAUCCGGCCCUGCGUGCUCAAGUACCUGGGCAAGACGCACAACCUGUGGCUGCGCUCCACCCUCAUGCUGGAGCAGCAGGCCUUCGAGAAGGGCCUCAGCCUGCACAUCAAGCCCAAGCAGAGCACCGAGUUCUACGAGCAGGAGAGCAUCACGCCCCCGCAGCAGGAGAUCCUGGACUCCCUGGCGGAGCUGUACUCGCUGCUGCAGGAGGAGGACAUGUGGGCGGGCCUGUGGCAGAAGCGCUGCAAAUUCCCCGAGACCAGCACGGCCAUCGCCUUCGAGCAGCACGGCUUCUUCGAGCAGGCGCAGGAGAGCUAUGAGAAAGCAAUGGAGAAGGCACGCAAGGAGCACGAGAGAAACAACGCGUCUCCUGCCAUCUUCCCCGAGUACCAGCUGUGGGAGGACCACUGGAUUCGGUGCUCCAAGGAGCUGAACCAGUGGGAGCCGCUGACGGAGUACGGCCAGUCCAAGGGCCACACCAACCCUUAUUUGGUGCUGGAGUGCGCCUGGAGGGUGUCCAACUGGGCCGCAAUGAAGGAGGCGCUGGUGCAGGUGGAGCUGAGCUGUCCAAAGGAGAUGGCCUGGAAGGUGAACAUGCACCGGGGCUACCUGGCCAUCUGUCACCCGGAGGAGCAGCAGCUGAAUUUCAUUGAGCGGCUGGUGGAGAUGGCCAGCAGCCUGGCCAUCCGUGAGUGGAGGAGGCUGCCCCACAUCGUCUCGCACGUCCACACGCCCCUCCUGCAGGCCGCCCAGCAGAUCAUAGAGCUGCAGGAGGCGGCCCAGAUCAACGCGGGCCUCCAGCCGGCCAACCUGGGCCGCAACACCAGCCUGCACGACAUGAAGACGGUGGUGAAGACCUGGCGGAACCGGCUGCCCAUCGUGUCCGACGACCUCUCCCACUGGAGCAGCAUCUUCAUGUGGCGGCAGCACCACUACCAGGCCAUCGUUACGGCCUACGAGACCAACACGCAGCACGACCCCAACACCAACAACGCCAUGCUGGGCGUGCACGCCUCGGCCUCCGCCAUCAUCCAGUACGGCAAGAUCGCGCGCAAGCAGGGCCUGGUGAACGUGGCCCUGGACAUCCUGAGCCGCAUCCACACCAUCCCCACCGUGCCCAUCGUCGACUGCUUCCAGAAGAUCCGCCAGCAGGUCAAGUGCUACCUGCAGCUGGCCGGAGUCAUGGGCAAGAACGAGUGCAUGCAGGGCCUGGAGGUGAUCGAGUCCACCAACCUCAAGUACUUCACCAAGGAGAUGACAGCCGAGUUCUACGCUCUGAAGGGCAUGUUCCUGGCUCAGAUCAACAAGUCAGAGGAGGCGAACAAGGCGUUCUCGGCGGCGGUCCAGAUGCACGACGUCCUGGUGAAGGCCUGGGCCAUGUGGGGAGACUACCUGGAGAACAUCUUCGUCAAGGACCGCCAGCUCCACCUGGGCGUGUCGGCCAUCACCUGCUACCUGCACGCCUGCCGGCACCAGAACGAGAGCAAGUCCCGCAAGUACCUGGCCAAGGUGCUCUGGCUUCUCAGCUUCGACGACAAGAACACGCUGGCCGACGCGGUGGACAAGUACUGCAUCGGCGUGCCGCCCAUCCAGUGGCUGGCCUGGAUCCCGCAGCUGCUCACCUGCCUGGUGGGGUCCGAGGGCAAGCCUCUGCUCAACCUCAUCAGCCAGGUGGGGCGCGUGUACCCGCAAGCUGUGUACUUCCCCAUCCGAACCCUGUACCUGACGCUUAAGAUCGAGCAGAGGGAGCGCUACAAAAGUGACUCGGGGCAGCAGCAGCCCAGCUCGGUGGGCGCCCAGCCCCACUCGGCCUCGGACCCGGGGCCCAUCCGCGCCACGGCGCCCAUGUGGCGCUGCAGCCGCAUCAUGCACAUGCAGCGCGAGCUCCACCCCACCCUGCUGUCCUCGCUGGAGGGCAUCGUGGAUCAGAUGGUGUGGUUCCGGGAGAACUGGCACGAGGAGGUUUUGCGGCAGCUCCAGCAGGGCCUCGCCAAGUGCUACUCGGUGGCGUUUGAGAAAAGCGGGGCGGUCUCGGACGCCAAAAUCACCCCCCACACCCUCAAUUUUGUGAAGAAGCUGGUCAGCACUUUUGGGGUGGGGCUGGAAAACGUCUCCAAUGUCUCCACCAUGUUCUCCAGCGCCGCCUCGGAGUCCCUGGCCAGACGUGCCCAGGCCACAGCCCAGGACCCCGUCUUCCAGAAGAUGAAGGGCCAGUUCACUACAGACUUUGAUUUCAGUGUGCCAGGCUCCAUGAAGCUGCAUAACCUCAUCUCCAAGCUGAAGAAGUGGAUCAAGAUCCUGGAGGCCAAGACCAAACAGCUGCCCAAGUUCUUCCUCAUCGAGGAGAAGUGCCGCUUCCUCAGCAACUUCUCUGCCCAAACGGCGGAGGUGGAGAUCCCCGGGGAGUUCCUGAUGCCCAAACCCACUCACUACUACAUCAAGAUCGCCAGGUUCAUGCCCCGGGUGGAGAUCGUGCAGAAGCACAACACGGCGGCCCGCCGGCUCUACAUCCGCGGCCACAACGGGAAGAUCUACCCCUACCUGGUGAUGAACGACGCCUGCCUGACGGAGUCCCGGAGGGAGGAGCGUGUGCUGCAGCUCCUGCGCCUGCUCAACCCCUGCCUGGAGAAGAGGAAGGAGACCACCAAGAGGCACCUCUUCUUCACAGUGCCCAGAGUUGUGGCGGUGUCCCCUCAGAUGCGGCUGGUGGAGGACAACCCCUCCUCACUCUCUCUGGUGGAAAUCUACAAGCAGCGCUGCGCCAAGAAGGGCAUCGAGCAUGAUAACCCCAUCUCACGCUACUAUGACCGGCUGGCUACGGUGCAGGCCAGGGGGACCCAAGCCAGCCAUCAGGUGUUGCGCGACAUCCUUAAGGAAGUGCAGGGGAACAUGGUUCCCCGCAGCAUGCUGAAGGAGUGGGCCCUGCACACCUUCCCCAACGCCACCGACUACUGGACCUUCCGCAAGAUGUUCACCAUCCAGCUGGCCCUCAUCGGGCUGGCCGAGUUCAUGCUUCACCUGAACCGCCUCAACCCGGAGAUGCUGCAAAUCGCCCAGGACACCGGGAAGCUCAAUGUUUCAUAUUUCCGCUUCGACAUCAACGACGCCACUGGCGACCUGGACGCUAAUCGGCCCGUUCCCUUUCGCCUGACUCCGAAUAUUUCGGAGUUCCUGACCACCAUCGGUGUCUCGGGGCCCCUCACUGCCUCCAUGAUCGCGGUGGCCCGCUGCUUUGCUCAGCCCAACUUCAAGGUGGAUGGCAUCCUGAAGGCGGUGCUGAGGGAUGAAAUCAUCGCCUGGCACAAGAAGACACAGGAGGACACCUCCAUGCCGCUGUCCCCGGCCGGACAGCCCGAGAACAUGGACAGUCAGCAGCUGGUGUCCCUGGUCCAGAAGGCAGUCACCGCCAUCAUGACCCGGCUGCACAACCUGGCCCAGUUCGAGGGUGGCGAGAGCAAGGUCAACACGCUGGUGGCAGCCGCUAACAGCCUGGACAACCUCUGCCGCAUGGACCCCGCCUGGCACCCCUGGCUCUGAGGGGGACUGGGUGCAUGUCUGAUGUCACCAUCUAAAUGCACAGGGUUUGAGAUGUAUGCUGUGAUUGAGUUAUGUUUUUAACUCCAUACGUUUUUCUAUAAUGAAGCUUUUAAAAACCUCUUGAUGGACGAGAAAAAAAGCCCUCAUCUUGAACUUAGUCUGUGACAGUGACAGCACUUUGGCCGGUGCAGCUCAGCCAUGCGUUGUUUUGAGUCCGGGUUUUUUAUAGGAAAGGAAAAUAAUUUCAUGACCCACUGUCACACUAACAGGAACGGACAGUGGAGACAUUCCUAACCCUUUGUACUCCACACCAAGCACAGCUUUUUCCCCUCUCGCUUCUAUGAGCAUGAACUCUCCAUGGAAAGGGAACAUCUGAGGGGCCAGUGCAGAAGGACAUUUUUUCCUUUUCUGUUGCCAGUAGAGAUUCCAUGCUGUGAUUUCAAUUGUUGAAUCGCCAGGAGAGCUGAACAUUGUGUGUGUGUCCUGUGGCCCCUGAUGCCACUGCUCUUUGACAGAAUUACUUAAGCGCUGAGCUCCAUUCUUCUCCAGAAGAGGCUGAACCUGUUACCCAUCAAUUUCAGACGUGUCUCAGAUUUUAUUGUGAAGUCGUCUUUGUCAUACCAUAUAUUUUAUGUAUGGUUCAUUUAAGGAAGGUAAUGAAGGGCAGCAGUCAUAUUUUCUUUCUUUAAACUUCAGCCAGAUAUUCUGUGAGUAACUGCUGUGCAUCUGCCUUGUAGAGUCACUGCCUGUGAGGUUUUUUUUUUUCCUUCAUAACCUAACCUAAUGUUAUCAUGUCUCUUAUUUGUCUCAAGUCAUAAAGAUUGUGCAUUCAUCUGUAAGGGAGAAAGUCCUGUAUCCUUCAUCUAUGACAUUUCUAUCCAGAUAGGAUGUGAUGCACAGAGUAGAAUUACAUGUACAAAUAAUGACUUUGGCUCCCUGAACAACAUUGCAGAGCUCCCAAUGACGGACUGUAUGUUUGUACGUAAUACAUAUUUAAGAGAGGGAUUUAUGCUAUGUCAUUCCUACAAUAGACUGUAAAAUCCAAGUUAGUAUUUAUCCAGAAGGACAUGUUCAUGAUCCUUAACACUGAA